AUGCACAGCUCGCUUCGCUCGCUGUGCCUCGUGGUUACGCUGCCAUGGGAGUUCAUAAGACGGGUGUAUCGCGGAGGACUCAACACCCGUAACAUCCCAGCAUUUGCAUUCAACUUCGCACUCAACUUCUGUCCCGUGUUCAUCUGGCUGUGCGUUUUCAAAAACGCAGACCUGAUCCCCACCAGCUGGCGUCCGCCCAUCCACAACAAAGCCGCUUUUCUGGCAGACGUUUUCAUGUUCGGAGACCUAGCGGGCGAACUAAAAGCACAGCUGGGUACCAACGAAGGCCAGCUGCUCACGCCGUUGUCGUGGCUCGCAGCAGCGCUUUUCGCGCUGCUGGUGUGCAGUCUACUGCCAAUAUCGCUGUGGUACUACCUGUAUUACUGCAAAAGAUGCCAAGCCAACGUCUUGGACCCCUACGCACAUCUGUUCCACCGUGGGUACAGGUUUUCGCCCACCAACCGCCGCGUGCUGCUGCCUUUUUUGUAUCUAUUGCUGGCGUUCGUGGGACUAAAUUCCGUUAACCUGCUGGCUUGGCAACGCGAAUCCAACUUUAACAAAUUCAAAGACAUCCUGGCCUGGGUCUCGUACGUGCUGCUGCAUCUCAUCGCUCCAAUCCUCACCGCCGUGUACCUGUACGUUUUCCAACCGCCCGGCACACUCAAGGCCUUUUCAUUAGCCAUGGGCACUCAAAAUAUCUGUGGUGUUUUAACGCAUUUAUCAUUGCCCAUGGCACCACCUUGGUUCAUCCAUAUGUACGGGAUCCGCGACACACAACAUGUCUCGUACGAACAAGAUGGCUACGCUGCGGGUCUAACCCGUGUAGACUCCCAUUUGGGAACUCAUCUUAACUCCAAAGGUUUCCACAAGUCCCCCAUCGUUUUCGGUGCCGUACCCUCUUUGCAUUCAGCCAUGGCUGUUCAAUGUUUCUUGUUUUUGAUCACCCGUGCGGCAUCUACCAAGGCUACACUUCCCCUCGUUGUGGACCCAAAUACAGACUCAGAAGAGACACCUGUGGGGCCUUCGCCGCUAAUGUCGUCCACCACGUCGAAAAUCUCAGAUUCCGCUCUUGAACGGGGCUCGUCACUUGACCCUGACUGGUCUUCAGAAGAUAUCGAGCUCGAUCUUCUGUCCAGAGAUUCUGGUGAUUCAAAAGCUUUUUUCACGUCAUCCACCGUGACGUCGACCCAUCCCAAAUUCCGUUACGGUACUCCGGUGCCUGUGAGGGCCCUCAAUUCUAAAUUGUUGUCCAUUUUCCACAUGGCUUUGAUUCCUCGUUUCUUAGGAACCAUGUUUCCGAUUUUGCAAUGGUGGAGUACCAUGUAUCUCGACCAUCAUUUCCGCUUUGACCUUUUUAUUGGUUUGUGUUAUGCUGUCACCAGUCAUCUGCUCGUAAAUGCAUUCUACUUGCAACCCCGAGUACUGAAAAAAUGGUGCGAGAUACGAAUGGACACAGCACCCGAUACCCAUAAAGAGGCCAAGACCAUGGGGAUGCGUGUAUUUGAAGAUACAGACGUCGAAUGGUUUUUCGAUCCUUUUGCAUGA